AUGAACAACCCAGGACAGCUAUUAAAUACUUUACCUAAGCAGAUAAUUAGGUCAAUAGAGCAGAAACCAAUCAAUUACAAUAUAAUAGUAAUGGGAGAGAGCUAUUCGGGCAAGAGUUCUCUAAUUAAGAAUAUCUUCUGUCUUGGCGAGUCGCCCCAGGCCAACUGGUGUGAUGACCUACUGCAUGAAGUGUGCGACAUGGCAGGCACUGCCAACCCACUAGCACAGCUAACGGGCACGCACAGUAUUAAUUUAGAAAAGAACAACACAAGCAUUUCCGCGUCUAGGUACACCAUAAAUGAGAACGGAAUCCAAAUGAAUCUUACAGUCUAUGAAAUUGGAGGGAUUGGAGACUCAGUCUAUAAUUCAUUUGACUGGGUGCCUGCUAAGAAUUUAAUUAUGAAUAGGUAUGAAGAGUACCACAUGGAAGAAGACAGCGGUAUUCUAGACAACGACAAGAGAAUACAUGCGUGUCUUUACAUGCUUAGUCCUACUACUAAUAUGCGGGAGAUAGACAUAACUUCUAUGUAUGAAAUGGGCCAAAUAGUGAAUGUCAUUCCAAUCAUAGGAAAAGCAGACAUGCUUUCAGAUGAGCAGUAUAAAGAAAUGAAAGAGCGCAUAUUCUCUACGCUGAUAUCCAACAAAGUGCAACUAUUUGACUCUAUGUAUGUUGAUGAGUGCAAGAAAGUCGUAGAGAUUAAUUUUAUGCCCCUCGGGUACUCCUCACCAAACAGACCGUAUGCAUACGGGGUAUCUUCUACGAGAGCAGAAAGUGACAUUAAAAUACUGCGGGACCUUUUAAUAUCACAGCAUUUAGUUGAUUUGAUUGAAGUGACUGACAAGUACUAUGAGACAUACCACAGAAAUAAGAUGAUAGUUGAUAUUCUUACAAAAAAGAGCAGCAGUAUCAGCGAAGACUUCCAAAGAAGAAUUGAGCUGGAAGAGAGUAAAAUCAAAAAGCUUCUUAAAAGAAUAGAACAAAAGCAAUCAAGCUAUCAAAUGCUUGCAGCACAGCAUAAAAGCAUAAUCCCAAAGGAACUCUUAUAA